CAGUCGAUAUCUCUCUCACAACCACCACAGCCCCUCACCAUGUUCCGCCUCGCCGUCGCCAGAUCUGCCAGAUGCCUUGCCCAGGCCGCUCCUAGAGUCCAGGCCCCCGUCACCCGCCGCGUCGCUCCCUCAUUCUUGCCUUCGACCACCGCCGCUCCCUCGACCUUUGUUUCCGCCAUCAGAUGCUACUCGGCACACGCCGGUCUCUCAAAAGAUGAGGUCCAGGGCCGUAUCCUCGACCUGUUGAAGAACUUCGACAAAGUCUCGGACGCCUCCAAGCUCUCUGCUCAGUCACACUUCACCAACGACCUCGGUCUCGACUCCCUGGACACCGUCGAGGUCGUCAUGGCCAUUGAGGAGGAAUUCAGCAUCGAGAUCCCCGACAAGGAGGCCGACGCCAUCCACAGCGUAAACCAAGCUGUUGAGUACAUCCUUAGCCAGCCCGAUGCUCACUAGAUGCGCCACAAAAAAGUGCAUGGAAUGGAAUGUUUUUAAGAAAUCC